UUUGUGUACUUGUCUUCUCAUAGAUACGAUAGAUCAACCUGGUUCAGGUGUUUUUACGUAGUUCUAUGGUGAUAUGCCUAAAGUUCAUGAACCUUGGUAAUGUUAAACAAUCAAACACAUUAUUUAUAAAUCGAAAAAAAGGUCAAGUUAUCGAUUGAAUAAUUACAUUUUCAUAUAAAAAACACCUAUCUAGAAUUUGUAUUUUGAAACAUUGAAGGUAAAGGCUGCAACUUGAACAUUACAAAUCUGGAGCACCAGUAUGGACAUGGAACAAAUCGAAUUAUGCGUUGUUUGUGGAGACAGAGCCUCGGGCCGUCACUAUGGAGCAAUUAGUUGUGAAGGAUGUAAGGGUUUUUUCAAAAGGUCAAUCAGAAAACAACUUGGAUAUCAGUGCAGAGGGAAUAAAAAUUGUGAGGUGACUAAACAUCACAGAAAUAGGUGCCAAUAUUGCCGAUUACAGAAGUGUUUAUCUUGUGGAAUGAGGAGCGAUUCUGUUCAACACGAACGAAAACCAAUUAUUGAUAAGAAGGAAUAUAAUCAUUCACUGAAUAAUUUCAGUACCAAUCAAUCAAAUCAAAAAAUAUUUAUAAAAAAAGAUUUAACUUUUGAGAGUCCUAAUUAUCUAGCAUCCAAUUUUACCCCUUGUGAAAUUGGGUUUCAGUUUCUACAGAAACGAAUAGCCAGUGCCACUAAUGACUUAUCAUUUAAUCUAUCUCCUAGUCAGCCUAGUAAUGAUGACGAGCUGUCUUCAGAUAGCACUAAUAAUGGAAAUGAGGAAACAGGUGCUGCCAUAAUGGCAGCAAGAGAAAAACAGAUGAUUUCAAAAGCCUUAGAAUCUAUGGCUAGACUGCAAUAUUUAGAUAGUGAUUUAUCUUCUUCACAUGAUGAUAGAUGCCAGGAUUACGAGGGUCCUAUAUUAUUAGAACAGAACGUUGCCUUCAAUUUACAGAUACCUGGAACAGUGCCUUCUUAUCUUAAUAUUCAUUAUAUUUGUGAAACUGGUUCCAGACUUCUAUUUUUGUCAGUUCAUUGGGCGAAAAGUAUUCCAGCAUUUCAAAUUUUAAGUUCAGAGGUCCAAAUAUCUCUUCUGAAAAAUUGUUGGGGUGAGCUCUUUAUCCUUGGAUUGGCACAAUGUUCACACAUGUUAUCGUUAGCUACGAUAUUAUCUGCAUUAAUAAGUCAUUUACAUGCUUCAAUUGCUCAAGACAAAAUGCCAGCAAACAAAGUGAAACAAGUAACAGAUCACAUUCUUAAACUUCAAGACUAUGUUAGUGCAAUGAGUAAAUUAAAUGUAAAUGACCAUGAAUAUGCAUAUUUGAAGAUAAUAAGUUUAUUUUCACCGGAUCAACCAGAGUUGCUCUUGAAGAAGCAAUUGGAGAAUCUCCAAGAAAAAGCAUGUUUAGCUUUCAAAAAUCAUAUGGCUACCAGUUACCCUGACGAUAACAAUAGGUUCAUAAGGCUUAUUUUGAGACUUUCACCACUAAGAGGUCUUGAUUCUUCCAUAAUAGAGGAACUAUUUUUCUCAAGCUUGCUUGGACAAGUACAAAUCAAUAGUGUGAUACCUUAUAUGUUGAAAAUGGGAUGCACUACUUCAGGAAAUGGAAGUGGACAGGUUAAAUCUGAAGACAUAGAUUGAUAAGAUUCUUAUUUGCAAGUUUGCACUUUGGUUAAUUCGAAACGAUAUACUUUUUAUUGGUGAAUGGUGAAAUUAUUUAUUUUAAGUUUGAACGCAUUUUAAGGGUGCAUUUUUACAGUUCAACAUUCAGCAUUUAAUGUGUGCAAGACAGAUUACCAAUUGAAAAGAACUGAAACCCUAUUUCAAGUAAUGCUUGGAUAUUUUAGAAUAUCCAGUUGUACAAAAUUAUUAAGUGAUAAUUAUAAACUCAAAAUGGUCAUCCUAGAGAUUUCUAUGCAUAAAAACAUCGAUAAAUUUUUUUAUUGAAUUUUUUGUUCAUUUCGAAGAAUAGGCUUGUUAAAAGCUGGGCACCCUUAUAUAAAAUUCCAUCAAUAGUAAAUUUGUGACACUUGACAAAUGAGAGGUUGUUGAAAGUUUUUUAAUCAAGUCCCAUCUUUGCACAAUCGAAUAGAUUGAUACUAAAAAUGUUUAAAUACCAAAGUGUUUGCUGGCUUUAGAUCAGAAUGAUUUUUCAAGUGCAAUUCCUCAAGAAUGUAGAAACUACUUAAUAUUUUUAGAAUUGAAUUUUAUACACAAUCUUAUAGUUCUUAAGUAAUUUAUUUUUAUAUAUAAAUGUGUGAGGCUAGUUCCAUUAAAUAUAUUUAAAUCCA